CUCCUCAACCUCAUCAAGUCGCAUUUGGAGCUGAGUCGAGAAAAGAUCACCGUUUCGGUUCGUUGUGUGGUGCGUGAUUUUUCUUCGCGAGUUUAGUGGGUGAUUGAAAAAUAAUUUGCAAUCCAGCGCGGAUCAGAAAAAGGAAGCGAAAAAGACAUCAGCAUCCGGAAUUUGAUUGUUUGCUUCGAGUGUGAGCGAGUUUUUUUUUUUCGGUGGAAUAGUUCCGAGUGUUGGGAAGAUCCGGACGGAACAACGGUACGGAUUUUUCUUGCGGGUGUUUUUGUGUGGUGUGUCGAAUUGGAAUCCGGAUCGGUUCCCGUUGGAUCUUUUGCCGUGUGUGAUUGACAAGGAAAGGAGUGCAAAUUCGUCACUGGCUGAUUUGGAUUACUUCCUGGAUAUCGGCCCCUUGGCUGGAAACCGUGAAAAUUCCGCUGUGAUGUUCGGAGAGACAUUAUUGUGAAGAAGAAGGUGCCGUGAAAAUUUUCCCUACACCGCAGUGAAUCGAGCCGGAACUGGGCCACAAUGGCCGCAACAGCUGGCCGGAAUUGUCCCCAACAGUGACAGCAGGUUGCCCCUCUCGUAUCGCGGCCUGUGUCUGCGAUUACUUACCUACUAGUGUGAAAUUGGCGAGUGCUGGUGCGAAACAAUAGUGUAUUAGGAAACAAAGGUGACGUGCUUACCGCCCUGUGCUAAGAGUUGCAGCAGCAGCACCAGCGUUGAAGCAAGAAAAAAAAAGUGGAAUACAUAAGUCGCGUGGUAGUUGGCUCUCCAAAGCGAAGGGAAUAAGAAAGCUGCAUAGCCGCCGCAACCAACAGCUCCUCCUAAGUUCGAGCGAGCCGCGAAGUGACGAGUGAAAUAUUUGGGAAGAGAAAGUAGUGGUUUAAUUUGGGUGGCGAAGAGUGUGUUUGUGAUUUGGGAUCAGUGAAGUGUUGCGCCCCGAAAGAGUUUUCUAGCACCAAGGCUAGGCCUAGAGAUAUAGUGUGGAAAGAGAGUACCCUACCCUACUAAAUAUCUGAAGAGUGUCGUCCAAGAUCUGAGUGCGAUCUAGUUUCUAGUUCAUCGCGCUUCAACACACGUUCGCAUGCGUGUACGUGCUGAGAGUGAUUAAGUUUGGCGGUGUGCGGAAUCGCUUCGAUAAGUUUGUUCAGAAUAACAGAGCGCAGAGUACACCGAACUGAGAACCGGCAGUGGGAGCACAAGGCGGGAGGAGCAUGGAUUCGCAGCAGGCUCCACAGCCUAGAUCUGCCUACGAUAUGGAGACGCAGGAGUCAAGAUUUGCCAAACAGCGCGCCUCGGUCAAGUGGCUCCUGUCGAAGGCGUACAACAAUCGCGUUCCAGAGUUCCUCAAGGACCCGUUCUACCGGGACCACGAGGGGCAGGACCACCUGAAGCCACAGAUCGUCGUCGGGCUGGGGAACGCCUCCAUCUACUGCCAGGUGCUGAGCAACAUCUACUCCGACCCCAACUACCAGAGCCUGAACCACUGGUCGAUCCUGCAGACGCUGUCCCGCAAGGGUGUGCCACUGAACGAAUCUCCGGACCUGCCCCUCACCGAGACCGUUCUGAUUCAAACGAAUCCUCUUAGAAUUAAUGCCCACAUGACUGUGAUAGAAGCGCUGAUGGUGUUGUACGCUAAAGAAGUGGCUUCCAGUGGACGAAUUUCCAGUGCAUUAGAAAGAAUAUCUGGCCGCAGUGUGUCGCAAGGCGCUCAGCAUCACGAAGCUGCCUUACUGAGCUGGAUUUCGCACGUUUGCAGUGCGCUGAAAAGGCGCAUCGACUACGAGCUGACUAAUGGCGUCGGAGGUGGCAAUGGAGGAGGUGGCGGUACCAACCCUGCAGUCGAUGAAUACGGUCAACGAUUGCAGAGUCCGACGAUAGCCCCGGUACGAGACUUCCGCGAGCUGUGCGACGGAGUCUGUUUAGCCUACCUAAUAUCGUACUACUGUCCCAAACUAGUUCCUUGGCAUAGUGUCAAAUUCAAUCACGUACCGACGAUCGAGGACUCCAUUCACAACAUCCUCAUAGUUAGUAAUUUUUCCGAGCGGAGUUUGCCAUACUCAGUGUUCCACAUGACGCCAGAGGACAUAACCUACAUGCGAGGAGCCAUGAAGCAAAAUCUGGUGGUCUUACUGGCCGAUCUGUUCAACCUGUUCGAGAUCCAUCCGGCCAAGUGUGUAUGCUAUCCCGGCAUGGAACAGCAGCAGGUAGCCGAUUCGGCUGCAACGAACGAGCACGGCAUUGCGCAUCGGCGCGGCUUCGCCACCCAUCCGCCAAUCCUGGCCAUUCCCGAACUACGUUCCGGGCUCGACUCGCCACCGGGCAGUGGCGGAAGCGCUGGAAGCGGCGGCAGCGGCAACGGUGGCGCCCACCCAAGGCCACCGUUUCAAGUGACCCGUUCACCUUCUGCGAGUACCCUACGGAAGCAUGUCUCCACUCGGGAUAUGCACGAUCAACAGCAACCACAGUAUUCACAGCAUCCUCAGCAGUCUCAUCAGCCGUACCAUCAGGAUCAGGAUGAAGGCUUCGUGGUGCAUCGGAGUAAAGGAGUGCCAACACUGUCCUCGAUGCAGGAACCGCUGGUUCCUGCACGGAUAAGACAAGCCAAGGAAAAAACCAACAACGACUCCAAAGCGGAAGAGCGAGGCGAUAGUAUUCCAGCAGGUCGGCCCAGCAAUUGGGAGGAAAACCGGAAGCAAAGCUUUUCAGGUCGCCGAUCGCGACGCAACUCGCUCAGCGAAGACUCUCAGCUGACGAUCGAGAACUUUGGUGGUUCGCAAGACCAGCUCAACACGAUCGGACGGUUCGAUCGGGAGCGCAAGACCUCCAGCGCCAGUCUCACCUCAGUGGAACCCGUUACGCCGGCGCGGUCAUCCAUAGCCGAUGCACGCGGCUCGAUCCAGUUCGGGUACGAUACGGAUUCCUCCGGUAACGAAAAGCAAGACCGGGACACCGAGAAGCCAACUCCGGCCCUGCGGCGGCACAACAGCACCAAUCUACAUUCCAGCAGCGUCGAGCGCGACAUCAUCGAUGGUGAUAUGAGCGCUACUCAUGGCUUCGGCGGCGGAAGUGGUCCGGCGGGUCCCGUCAGUGUGGCCGAUGUGGAAACGACACCACGCAGGAAAACGUCGUUUGCGACGCUGCCGAACAACACCACAACGUGGCAGCAGCAGGCCAUCAGCGUGCAGAAGAUGGAAGAUGUUGAUGACAGCCAGUCGGGCUUCGAAGACGCCACCAAGAUAUCAACCAUCAAGCUGAAGCUGGAGGAGAAGCGCCGGUUGAUCGAGCAGGAGAAGCGACGCAUGGAGACCGCCUGGUCCAAGCAGCUGCAAACGGUUGGAAAACAAGCCUUUUUACAAGCUAUUAACAAGCAGGGCAAGGGUGGUGGCAGCAUGUCGGAAUCGGACACUUCCAAAGAGUCCCCCGAGAGUGCGACCAUGAUGAUGGUGGAGGACAGCAUCACUAGCAUUACCACCACUACCAAUACCAGCACCACCGUAGAUAGAGCCGAACGACCGUGUUCUCUACAGGAUCUAGACGAUCAGAAUAAAUACGAAUCGAAGUGGAAUGCACAAAUCAUCGAACCGAAGAAAACGCCAGAUUUGGAGAACAUGGAUUUGGAACAGUAUCAACAAAGUAUAUCAAAAAUGAACUCCAACCUGCACGACAUUCAGGCCGACAUUCAGCGUCUCACCCAGCAGCAGACGCAAAUCCAAGCGCAAACCCUCCAGGCCCAGCAGCUGUUGCAUGCCCAACAGAUCGCCAACUUGCUAAAUCAGCAAUACGGCUCGCAACAAAACAUCCAGCAAACCAUCCACGGAACCUACCGCCCCAUCAACGCACAGCUGUUCGGCUCUAGUCCCCAUCUGCCCCAGCAGAACGCGCCUCUGCUGCAGCAACAAUCGCCGAUCAACUACGGCACUCGGCCACCUAGUCGCGACCCCUAUCUAUCCCAGCAGCAACAGUUGCACACCCUGCAGUACGUCAACGAUCAGGGACAGUAUAUCCAGCAGGCCCAACAGCAGCAGCAGCAACAACAGCAGCACUACAUGGGCUACGAAAAUGGCCAGUAUCGGAAAGAAAAUCAAUACUCGUCCAAUCCCUACCUGAACAUCGAUCAACAGCAGCAACAGUUCUACCAGGACUCGAAUCACUAUCGGGACCCAUACUUACCGCAGGAGGUGAAGGAACCUCCCAUCCAGCAGUCGCAACAACCGCAGCACAAUCAAUUCUUCUUACACGAUAGUAGCGGAGGUGGUGGUGGAGGGGGUGGUUUAGGCACCCCGCCGCAACCUGCCCAACGCCGGACGUGGGCGCAGUCAGCGGCCGCUGCCGCCAAUCAGCGAGGAAGUAGCGCAUCCAGCGACAUCCAGCUAGACAUCAACGCAUGGAACCAGGGCAUCAAGAGUUCACCGUAUAACAAAUCUCCUAGUCAAAGUGGCUUCUCGCUGCAUCACAACGGUGACUCUGGUGGCGAUGGGUACGGAACCGGUAGCCGAUACGGCGGUAGUCAACAGUCAUUCCAAAAUCUGUUCGAGGUGCAUCACGGUUCGUCGAGCAGCCCUCAGCACAGUCGGGUGCGGAACCAAAUAUCACAGAUGAUCAACCACGGAGGUAGCAGUAAUUCGUCCCCAGGAGCCGAAACCCGCAACAGCCACCACGAUUCGUUCCGAGACAAUCGGAAUAUGCCGCUGUCGCCGCCGAUUGACGAUAUGGCCCCGCAGAGCAUUUCGUUCAUUGGGGACGAAGAUACGGGUGACAUUGAGAUCAACACAUCGAAGGGAACUAGCUUUACGUUGCGCCAACAACACCAACAGGACCAGCUGGAGCAGCUGUACGGAAGCAGUAAACCGGGUAGCAACAAGUUGCAACACAAUAACGGUCCGGAGCUGAACAAACACCUGAGCAAGCUGAACAUUACCAGCGGGAAUCGCACUUAUAGGAUUCCGUCUCCGACGCGGCCCACUUUGAACUCCAACAGUUUCCAUGACCCCCAGCAGGAUGAGGUGAACGAGAAGGGUUUCUACAUCUCGUUCGACAACGAGCAGCCAAAGCGACCGAAGCCUCCCCUCCGUACUAAGCGGUCACCAAAGAAGGACAAACUGGGCGACGGGAUGGAACACAGCAAAGAAUCCGAAAAACCCAGCCAUAGAGAAAACAAUCAAAACAAUUUCGGCACCUUUAGCGUGAAGACCGCGAACAGUUUCUCGGCCAAUUUCAACGAGGAGCAAGUGGUGAGCCGCAAGAGCAUAAUCGACAGUGCGAGUUCCCCGUUCGAAACGGCGGCCACCGGAAGCAGUCGGGCCAGCAACAACAACAUGGCGGCCACAAUGGAGCGAGACAUUGGCGAGCGGAGGCACCUGGAGGAUGUAACGAAUCACACCAGCACCGGCAGCAAUGCGAUGAACAACAACAAUAUCCACCAUUACAAUAAUAACAACGGAGAUGGGUAUGGCAGCGAGAACGAGAAUCAGCGGAAGGCCAAAUUAGUGAUAGGGAACGAUGAAGGCAAUCUGGAUCCGAAUUCCGUCGACGAGAUGGAACGGAAGAAGGAGAAAAUUAUGCUCCUUUCGUUGCAACGGCGGCAGCAAGCCGAAGAGGCCAAAGCUCGCAAGGAGAUCGAAGCCAUGCAGCGGCGGGAGAAGGAGCGGGAAAAGGAGGAGGAACGGGCACGCAAGAAGGAGGAACAGUUUGCCAGGCGGCAGGCCAUCCUCGAAGCGCACAAACUUAAAAAGGCCAUCGAAGAAGCGGAGAGAGAAGGUAAGACCAUCGAUCGGGAACUCCUGAUCAAGCACCAGCAGAGCCAAGCUCAGCUGCACCAGUCCAGCCGGGGCGGAGACGGCGGAAUGCACCACCAAACCUCAUCGACACCGGCGGCCAAGAUGCGACCGCAGAAACUUAGCCGACCCCGGCCCAAGACGAUACACGUCGAGACGGGCUCGGUGGAUCUGAGCGAAACCUCCAGCCUCAGUAGUCGGGGUAAGAAGGGAUCCAACUCGAAUCUGACCGGAAUCGGCCUGCACAGCUCAAACUCCAUGCGACGAGAUUACUACCGAGGAUCGCAGGACUCAUUAGCGAUAAGAGAAUCACCGGAUGAAUAUCCCAGUAGCAGCUCAACGCCGAUAGGCCGACGAGGCUCUUACAAAACUGGAAGAGAACCGGCGACGAUCGAACGAGGUCGUACCUUAUCACGUAUCUCGCUAGCGAAAGGUGCCAAUUUCCGGGGACGUAAAUCCAACUCCCUGAUGAAUCUAUGCGACUCCGACUCCGGUCUGGGACGUGCGACGCCCCCGAGACGCGCUCCGUCGCCUGGCAUGGGACCCUCGAGUCGUCAUCUGCCAUCGCCGUCGGGUCCUGGUUCCCUACCGCCGGGCCUGAUCACCAAACGUCGCGGCUUCGACGAUGGAUCCAGUGAUAUCUCUUCCACCGCCAGCUCCAUGAUGGACUACAAUGGUCCGAAGCUGUACAAACAACCGGCAACGAAAUCGAACCGGGGCAUCAUCUUGAAUGCCGUCGAGUACUGUGUCUUCCCCGGGGCGGUAAAUCGCGAGGCCAAGCAGAAGGUGCUGGAGAAGAUCGCCCGUUCGGAGGCGAAACACUUCCUGGUGUUGUUCCGCGAUGCGGGCUGCCAGUUCCGGGCGCUGUACGGCUACUGGCCGGAGAACGAGCAGAUCAUCAAACUGUACGGAACGGGACCGAGCCAGGUCGACGAUGUGAUGUUUGAUAAGUUCUUCAAAUACAACUCCGGUGGUAAAUGUUUCUCGCAAGUGCACACCAAACACCUCACCGUGACGAUCGACGCGUUCACGAUACACAACUCGCUGUGGCAGGGCAAGAAGGCGAACCUCCCGAGCAAAAAGGACAUGGCCCUGGUGAUUUGAAGCGGUCGCUGAUCGGCGGUCAGUUACACAAAAGUGCUAUAACAUGUGCUGUAUAGGAAUUCCUGCCUCAGGAAUCUCUUCGUUCCAAAUCCACAAUCGUUCGCUCUGCUCCUGCUGAGAGAGGGAAGUAGGAUUCUAUUCUGUGUGUGUCAAAACCAACAACUAGUAACCAACAAAAAAAAAACAGGAAAGGGACAGUAUUUUUCUUCCUCCGUGAUAGUGUCGUCGUGCGCGUUUGUACGUUUGUCUAUUGUUUUUCUGAGCCCCAUUGUGUUGUAAUCAUGACCUUAUAACGCGGAUUGAGAACGCCAGGCGAAUGUGCGUGCGAAGCCAGAGGAAUGUGCUCUAGUGAAUGUGAUUCAACUUAAGGAUUAGGGACUGCGCGAAACGAAUUGAUUAUGCUUUCCAGGAGAAACUUGAUUGAACAAGUUCCGCUUGACCUUCCGUUGCCUAGAAAGAACACAAUCUUUAAUAAUCCAUAACCAUUGAAGCAUAGAGUCCCGUUUGCUUUCUUGUGUUUUCUCUUUGUAAAAAAAGGUAGCUUUUCUCUUGUAAAACUCUAACCACUUUCCGCUGCAUGCUGAGUAAGUAGGGAACUUAAACAUUAACGACUGUUGUAUAUAGGCUAUUAUCGAUAGUUAGCUAGCGCUCUCUUCCUUCUUCUAAAGUUACGCGAUAAAAAAAGUUAAGUUCAUGUUCACGCGGAAAGGCCACUUUUAGGAAAUCAAAUUAUCAUUGAACAAAACAAAGUUCUUUUUGUUACUACCAACACUAUCGAUUGCACCCAAAUCAAUAAACGUGUAGCAAGUAAACUUCUUCUCUUCGGUGUCUAAAGCAGAAUCCUCCUCAUCGGUUCGUUUGAUGAUGAUUCAUCAGGAUCCUCUGCCUUCGAAUACUCUUAUCCUGCUUAUUUCCUUCCCCGCGCAAUUACGCGAUUGCCCGAUCAAGAAUUGGCCCGGCAUAUGAAAUUGGUCAUAGCUUUUCUCAGUGGUCAAAUUGUUUUGCCGUGCAAUGUUCACCAUUCGGUUAGGAAACAAUUCCCCAAAUAGAAGCCAACCAUAUUCUCGAGGAUAAUACAAUAACUCACACUCACACAGUACUGAUGACGCAGAAGAAGAUUGUAACUAAAUAACUAAAACAAUUUAAACUAGGAAAUUGAAGAAAUAGGUAAUAGUGAUAUAAGUAUUAAUUUAUUUCAUCCCUCGUUUUUCACCCAGCUCCUGUUGUAGAAGUUGUAUAAUUCGAAUUUGCAUAGCGCGUUGCUGACAUUCUUAUUUUUUUUUUCCAUUUCGAACCUAACACAGAAAAAAAAAUUCUGAACGCGGACAGACCCAGGAAUUGGAUCAAUGUUCGGUGUUUCCUUUAUCGUUAUUAUCUAAAAAACUAGCCAUGAAAACUUUGAACGCUAGUUUGGUUAUAUAGUUGUCCUGCACAUUUAAAGAAAUUAGACGAAACUUUGAGUUACGCUCCCUGAUAAUUAUACAAUGAAAUCGGCUCUGUAGUGCCUCAUAGCGCUUGAGCCUCCAAGAAAAAAAAAAUGAGAGGGAAAGACGAGAAUGAAACUGUUUAAUGUAAUGGUGAACAUUCAGAGGUGGUUUUCGGUAUUUAAAAACAAUGUUAAUGUACUAAAUAUUAUCAUUGAUUUCAACAGUUUCAUUUUCAAAAGGGCGUAACUCAAAAUAUUGUCAAACGAUUGGUUGGUACAGAGGUGUAGAGUAACGGUAUAAACAAAUUAACGUUAAAAUAUUUUAUGGCUGUUUUUUUAUAAUAACGGUAAGCACCGUAGAUUCAAGCCAGCCCAGAGAUCUAGGCAAAUGUACUAUCGAGAGAAGAACCGUGUUACGCACUGAGCAUGAUUAGAAAGAUCAGAAAAUGAUACGAGAAAAAGUCCAUUAGUUGUGUAAGUUGAUGCUUGCGUGCGUGUGCGAUGGAGAAGAGAGAAAGCAAAGGAGAUAACAGUCACACCCCACACAGUCGAAAAAAAGACUUGCGAAUGUUUUUUACGUAGAUUUUAGGAUUCUAAUUCGUUUUGUUUUUUUCCCUCUCGGUGGUCGUCGUCGUCGUAAAACGACCACGUGGACAAGUCUCACCCCCCCACAAUCCGUGUCUAAUCGUUAUGUUUAGAGAAAAUAAAAUCAUAAUCGAAUAACACUUGGUAUGUAUAAUUUGUGGUUAACGCUUAACCUUGUGUAAGCAGAAACAAAAAAAGUGGGAGUACGGUGACAAGGAAAUUGAAAGGAAGCAUUUGUGCAAACUAAACUAAAAAAAAUAAGAAAAGAUUAACUUAUCGAUGACUCAAAUCAAACAAACAGAAAGAUGAAAAAAGAGAAAUGUUAUUGAAUAACUAUUUAGGGCCGUGUAUGCCAAUGUAUCAAAAAAACCCUGUAAUUCCUAACUGAUUUAUGUUUAAUCGAAUUACCAAUCGGAAUGAAGAUAUGAUUCGGCUGGUGAUGGAUGGACUUCCAACCCAGCAACGCCACUUAAUUUACUAGUAAUUUGUUCUAAAACCUCACUACUUAGUUCUGUACAACAAACUUCCUCUUGUGUAUUAGUCUGAUACAAACAAAAUGAAAAGAACAACAACAACAACAAAAAAAGGAACAAACCAAGUUAAUGAACGAAAAACCAAUUUUAUUUAAGGAUUAAAAUAUAAUCGUUUUUAUUAACAA